AUUAGGUCUGUUUUUGCUUUUCCUUCUUCUAAGAUCAUGAUUGCUAUCCCUACCUUUUUAACUUCAGCUCAAGUAUAUUAGAUUGUGCUCUGGUCCUUUAUUUUAACUCUGCGUGUGUCUUUCAGUUUCAAGUGGUUCAUUUACUGCCCUCCAGACUUGGCAUUCCCAUGCCCAGAAUGCCCUCCCUGCUCAAUGACCCUUCAGGGCAUAAAUCAGGCACUACCUUCCAUGGAAAUCCUUUCCCUUCCACUGGGCAGUGCUCUUUCCACCCAAGUUUGCCAAGUUCUUUACACCCUAGGUCACAUGGAGAAUGGGAACUUCCUGAGGACAGGGGCUGGCUUGGCACCCCUGGCACCUCCUGCAGGAGAAAAAAUAGGAUCCCUUCACAGCAUUCCACAUCGACAAAACCUUGGUUCGGAAGUACAUGAAUUCCCUGCUUAUUGGGGAGCUGGCUCCAGACCAGCCCAGCUUCGAGCCCAACAAGAACAAACAGCUGACGGAUGAAUUCCGAGAGCUGAGGGCCACCGUGGAGCGCAUGGGACUCAUGAAGGCCAGCCCCCUCUUCUUCACUCUCUACCUGCUGCACAUCCUGCUACUGGACGUAGCCGCCUGGCUCACGCUCUGGGUCUUUGGGACGUCGCUGGUUCCCUUCCUCAUCAGCGCGGUGCUUCUCAGCACGGUCCAGGCCCAGGCAGGAUGGCUGCAACAUGACUUCGGACAUCUCUCCGUCUGCCGCACGUCCACGUGGAACCACCUGCUUCACCACUUCGUGAUUGGCCACCUGAAGGGGGCCCCUGCCAGCUGGUGGAACCACCUGCACUUCCAGCACCACGCCAAGCCCAACUGCUUCCGGAAAGACCCAGACAUCAACAUGCACCCCCUCUUCUUCGCCCUGGGGAAGGUUCUGUCAGUGGAGCUCGGGAAGCAGAAGAAGAAAUACAUGCCUUAUAACCACCAGCACAAGUACUUCUUCCUGAUUGGGCCGCCCGCCUUGCUGCCUGUCUACUUCCAGUGGUACAUCUUCUAUUUCGUGUUCCAGCGCAAGAAGUGGGUGGACUUGGCCUGGAUGCUCACCUUCUACCUGAGAAUGUCCUUAACUUACAUACCCCUGCUGGGCCUUCAAGGCCUCCUGGGUCUCUUCUUCAUUGUCAGGUUCCUGGAGAGCAACUGGUUUGUGUGGGUGACCCAGAUGAACCACAUCCCUAUGCAUAUUGACCAUGACCGGAACGUGGACUGGGUCUCCACUCAGCUGCAGGCCACGUGUAACGUGCAUGAGUCUUUCUUCAAUGACUGGUUCAGCGGCCACCUCAACUUCCAGAUUGAGCACCAUCUUUUCCCUACUAUGCCGAGGCACAAUUACCACAAGGUGGCCCCCCUGGUGAGAUCCUUGUGCGCCAAGCAUGGCAUUGAAUACCAGUCCAAGCCUCUGCUCUCCGCCUUUGCCGAUAUCGUCCACUCACUGAAGGAGUCUGGGCAGCUCUGGCUGGAUGCCUAUCUUCAAAAAUAAAGCAACAAUCUCUGGAGCAGGAGGAGAUCUUGGUGCCAGAAGCAGGGGGAGGGAUAAGGGACUAUGCCACUUGAUUCGAAUUUCCAGUGGGGGCUGGGAAGAUGGGGACGGGAAUGGUUAAGGGCAGCAACAUGCCAGAUCCUUUCUCCAGGUUGGCAGGCACUAGGCUGAGGACUUUUGGAACUUUGGGAAGAUUUAGCCAAAACACUUAACCCCUUGAGGUCCCACACCUGCAUCAUAUCCCAGUCAGAGGAGGGAGAGGCCAAGCUGGGCCUUCUCUUUUAGUAAGGGGGCCGACCAUUGUUUCCUCAAGGCCCUGGCAGAGCUGAGCCCCUAGGCCUCACCCUCCUCUCAUCCCUCACCUCAUCUGCCGAUUGGUCCACUAGCAAGAGGAGAGUGGCAGUUUGAGCCUCUGGAGAUGAAAAUUUAAGAGGAAGACUCAGGAAUGCUCCCUUCAAACCUAGGAUUCUUCAGAAUUCUUUAGCUUGACCUAAGGGUGUGUUCCAAGGCAUGGGCCCAGAAUAGAUGGGCAGCCCCAAAGCUAACUGAAGCCUCCAGGAGGGGCCCCAUUGCUUUAAGGGCAGAAGGGCCCAUAUCUCUGGGGAGGGUUUGGGGAACAGGAGACACGUCCGACCCAGCCUGCCCAGCGUUAUCUGCCUCCUUCCCCCUCCAGGGCACGCCAAGCGAAUUGGGUUCUAGUUGUGGCCAAUAUAUCCAUUUCACAUUUGGUAUACAAUGCUGUAGUUCAUUAGAGAUCCAUUCCAUGUGCUGAAAACACCUCAUUUUCCCUCCAUACCUUUUCCUAUCUCCACUUACAGAAAAGAACUCCAGGAGAGGCAUAGCCAGGAGUUAUUCUAGCCCUCCAUGGUGUUCCAUGGGAAGGCAGGUCUUUCCUUCCUCCCCUGUCAACAAAUGGGGCUCCCAAAGGUUUCCCCUUAUCUCCCCACCUACAAGUUCUAGCUAAUGUAGCUGCAGCCAGCCAGGAUGGAGGACAGGAAGGCACCUACCUGCCAAGCUCUCAGAAAACAUUAAAAGGACUCCCUCGGUGGUGGCUGGAUCCUGCCGUAAACCCAAUUACCUGAGGCUUUGUUGAACAUAGGAUUAAGGCAGUGUUCUUGGUCAGCUGAUGAAAGCCACAGGGCAUGUGUUCAUCUCACCUUGUGGUGCAAGAUGCAAAGACACUGCCUCCCAGACACACAAAUAACCGUGUGGCCAUCUGGGGAGCUGAGCUGGUGCUCUCCUCUGGACCACUUUCCUGCCCUUGACUCCCAGUCCAGAACAGUUUGAGGUCCUCAAUCUCUGCCCCACCACUUCAUAGGUCAUCUGGUAGAUUAUGGGGAAGGACUCUGAAACCCCGCUGUGCUGACAGAGCUGGCUCCCUUCAGAGGGAGAACAGUAAGUGGGACAAAGAGAGCCUAAAACCAUUGUGGGUGAGGGAAUGGAGCCAGGGUAUAGUUUGGAUAAUUAGGGUGAUGUGGAGUAGAUAGCCCAGCUUACAAGAUGUAUUGUGAUAGGUACACAGUAGGUGCCUAAUAAGUGCUUGAUGACUGGUUGGAGUGUGGAAGAGAUUUAUGAGGCCAUGUGACAAAUUGAAUGUAAGGUGUGGAGUCAGAGGGAACAGGUGUUUUUCAAAUUGGAUACCCUUGAAUCGGCUGUCAGAGAACUCUCUGGUUGGUCUUGUUCGCCUGCAGCUCCUCCCCAAUUCCCUGGCUCUCUCCUUCCAGGACCCCAGGUGCUAGUCAGUCCUCCCCGCCAUCCUGGGCCUCCUGGGUUUUGGUGCUACCAUUCUACCCAGAGAAGGGGGAUAUGACUUGUGGAGGUUCAGCCAGCUCGGGGACCUCUGAGUCUGUGGGGUGUCCCAUGUGGCCCUGCCUAGAAUACUUUUAAACAAAGUGGCCUUCCCUAUUCUCAGCCUGGUCCUGUGGUCACUAAAGAGCAGCUGGAGGAAUGGCCCAUGGCAGGCCUCACGAAAGGCCAGUAACCAAAAUCUCCCCCUCCCUCUCAUCUUUCCAGAUCCCAUCAGGUGGCAGGUCUCUGCCAGGUCUGGUUCAGUGCCUGUGCCAAUUAUGUUGCUGUAAAAAAUCAAGGAUGGAACUCGAUGUUGAUGAAUAAAACUAAUGUCUUUUGGGUCCAA